AUGACCUAUUCUGAUUGUGGAUCAAAAAAUGUUCGAGUCAGUCGAUUAUCGUUUCAUCCUAUGCCUAUUAUUCAACCAGGAAAUGGAAAACUUUCAUUUGCAAUUGCAGCUACUGAAAAACUUCAAGGUGUUAUUAAAGCUAAUAUUAAUAUAGUACGUAAAGUUGGUGGCAUUGGAUUACCUGUUUCAUGUUACAUUGUUCAAGGUGAAAAAGUUGGCUCAUGCCAAUAUGACGACUUUUGCGCUUUAUUGAAACGUGUCUUUAAAUAUGAUUCAACUAAUUGCCCAGAAGCUCUUACUAAACAUGGUAUUGAUUGCAAUUGUCCAGUGAAUAUUAAUAGAAAUGAUCUUGAUAUCGACAUGGAUGUUGUUUUACCUGCAGCACCAGAAUAUGCAUCAUGGUUAAGUGUCGGUGAUUUUGAUGUUAACCUUCGAGCAACUGUUGUCUUUCUUCUUUUUUCAUCUUCAUGGGCUUAUAUUGUUGACGAACAUGAUGGUAAAUGGUCAUGGAAUAAUACAAAGUGUUUAACACGAUCUAAUUGGACAUCAUCAUUAAAAGCGAAUAAUAAUUCUUCUAAAUUACAUCAUCCAGUAUGGUUCAUUUUUUAUUAUCUUAGUUAUUGUGGUUUUUGUACAAGAGUUAAACCCGGUUGGGAAUCUGCUGCUCAAUAUGCAGCAGGUUGGUCAAGAUAUAUUAAAAUAGGUGCAUAUGAUUGUACUAGUGGAUCGACAUUAGAAAAUGAUAUUUGUCAAGAUAAAGCAUAUCCUCAAUGGCGAAUAUAUUGUCCAUUAACAAAUUCAACUCAAUUAGCAUUUGAUUCAGAACGAAUAAAUGUAGAUACGAAACCUGAAGAUAUUUUAAUGUGGUCAAUAAAAAAAAUGAAUAAAAUUGCACAUCAAUGUUAUGGCAAAUCUUGGCCAAUUCGAAAUGCCAUUGAACCAAAGAAUAUUGAAGAUUUAAAUAACAUAAUUCCAAAACGUAUAAAACAAUUUCAAUUAUUCGUUUCCGAUGAUGUUCUACUUUAUAGUCUUUAUGUCUUAAAUAAUUCAAAAACUGUUUAUCAAGAGCCAAUUUAUCGUUUGGCUAUAAAAAAUUUCAUUACACAAGGUACUGGUAUUUGGAAAGGAAUGAAAAAUGAUGAUGGACAAAUUUCACUUGAAGAAAUUAAUUCAACAAAAGCAAUGGACGAUUUUGUAUUAAAUGAAAAGAAUACUUCUCAUACCAAUAAAUCUUUAGUAAAAAAAAUCGGUUCACUAAAACCGACAUUAACUGAUAUUGAUAGUGCUGUGAUUUGGAUGAUUAAAAAAGAUCUUCAGAGAAAAUUACCAAAACUAUUUGAUGAUGUUAAAGCUUGGCUUAAUGCAGUUUAUACGUAUUAUCCUGGAAGUGAUUAUAUGCAUAAUUUUCUUAGUGAUUUAAUCAAGUUUAUGAAUAAUCGUACAACAUUAUCAUCAAAUGAACUUAAAAAUUAUAUUGAUUCAACAUCGGUAAUCAAAUUACCAGAAGUGAAAUUCGAUCACUGUAAUGGGUCUGAUACGAGUAAACGUGGUUAUACAUGUUCAUUAUGGCUUUUAUUUCAUAGUAUGACUGUUAAACAGGCAAUACUUCAUGAACAAAAUUUAUUACCAUCAAAUGUAAAACCAUCAGAUAUAUUCUUAUCAAUUCGCGAAUAUAUUCGAAAUUUUUUUCUUUGUGAAGAAUGUACUAAGCAUUUUCUUAAUAAGACAUCGAAUGCUGAACAUGAAAUAAAAUCUUUUAAAGAAAGUGUUUUAUAUUUUUGGCGAGGUCAUAAUAAAGUAAAUAAACGACUACAACAUGAACAAAUGUCAAAUGAUCCAGCUUGGCCAAAAGUACAAUUUCCAACAAAACAACAAUGUAAUUCAUGUGUUCUUCAAAUAGAUGAAAAUAAUGAUGCUCUAGAAUAUGAUGAAAAUGAAACAUACAAUUAUUUAAAAGAUUAUUAUAAUUUACAAAAUAUUACUAAUCAAAAAGUUUUAUCUAAUAAAACAAAUACAGCAACAAAUCGACAAUAUAAUCAUUUAUUAUUAAUUAUAUUUACAUUUAUUGUUACCUUUUGA